AUGAAACACGCAGAUGCACUCAGUCGCAAUCCCAUUCUGGUAGUAUUAGAAGUCACACAGAUAGACAUAACGGAAGGCGACUGGAUACUCGCCGCACAGUUGCAGGAUGAGCAAUUGGUCCGAAUCCGCACGAUUCUGUUGGGUGGAAAACCAACACAUGAAACCAAGCACCACUUUGAUGAGUACCUAGUACAAAAAGGGAAAUACCGACCAGGAUUAUUAGCGAUAGAGGAACGGCGUUCACGUUCCCAGACGUUCCGGGCAUUUUGCAAUACUUAUGGCAUCAAGCAUGUGUUGAAUGCCGUUGCCACCCCACGAGCUAACGGGCAGUGUGAGCGCUAUAACAAAACUAUUGUGCAAGCGCUAGCAACCACUGCCGCAGGACGAGACUCAAAUGACUGGGACUCGGCCGUAAAACAAAUUCAGAGUGCUCUUAACACGAUGCAUAAUAAGAGCAUAAACACCACGCCGAUGAAGGCACUUAUCGGAUGUGAGAUGUCAGGCGCAACCAACGCCCGACUUCUGUCGGAAAUCCAGGAUGUUGUUCAUCGACUGGAUUUGCAAGAAUUGCGAGCCGGCAUCAAGACGCAUAUCGAUCGAAAGCAACGAGAGCAGAAGGAGCGAUAUGAUCGAUUACGCCGUGAUGCGGUGAAAUAUACGAAAGGUGAACUGGUACUAAUGAGAAUCACGAGCGAUCCGGCAACAGGCAGUAGCAAGAAGCUACACCCGAAAUUCAAAGGUCCUUUUCGGGUCCGGAAAGUGCUAGUUAAUGAUCGUUAUGAAGUUGAGGAUCUGAGAGAGGGUUAUAGACGAAGGCGUACGGUUGCAGCCGCGGAUAAUAUAAAACCUUGGGUUACGGUUCAGAGCCCAGAAGUGAAUCAAGAUUUCACAGUAGAGGCUGACGACAAUGAUUGGGAAAACCUUUGGUUGUUGCCAGAGAUGAUGGAAUAUCUUCGGUUGUCGCCGGAGAUAUUCAGAAACUUCUUGGUUGUUGCCAGAAGUGAGGACACGCUAAAUGUCAUACAAAUGCCUACUUGUGUAGCGAAAGGAUGCCAAAACAAAUCAGAUAAAGGCAUCAAAUUUAAUUAUUUUCCAAAGGAUUUAGUGAAAAGGGAGGCAUGGAGACAAAAUUGUAUAAUACUCGGAGAGAUGAGCAAAGAAUGGAUGCCUGGAACAAAAUCAGCAUUGUGUGGGUAUCAUUUUACAUCAGACAUGUGGGAAAAGGUUCGAGAGGAUGGCACAAAGAAGCUACGAACGAAUGCUGUCCCAACUAUAUUUGGGGAAAUGGUGAUACAAAUGAAAACAAAAGUUUAUAAAGAACCACCUCAAAAGUCAAGUGUCAGUGAUACCGUUAUGGUACAAACGGAUCAUUCAACCAAAAAAGUUGAAAUUGUAACACCAUUAGUAAAGAAAAAUUGUACUGUGAUCAGCUUGGUCAAGAAACAUCUUAUCGAAGAUGAUUUAUUAAUUAAGACCAGUGAAGAAAUAGAGUUAGAACAAGUAUUAGAAGCGUAUAACGAAGAAACAGCGAAAGAAGAGAAUAAUGAUGAAGGAUUUCAAGAUAAUCAAGAAAAAAAUAACGGAGAACGAGAAAAGUAUGAUGUGCAAAAAGAAGAUAAGCUUGAACAGGCAGAUAGAUUAUCGGAUCAGGGAGUUAUAAAUGAGGUUAGUAUUGUGCCUAAAUUAUGCUACGAUAGUUCAACCGGAUCAUUCCUUGGUAAAGUAACAUUACUGGAGCACAAUAAUGAAGAAUUAGCAACCCAUGUUUUGGUCUUCAUGCUAGCUGGAAUAAGUAGACGCUGGAAACAAGUAAUUGAUUUUUAUUAUACUGGAAAAAGCACGAACGGAGUAAUAUACAAAACAUUAAUAAUAAAUUAUAUCAAGGAGGCUCACGAAAUAGGAUUAGAUGUCCAUGGGAUAGUGUCUGACAUAGACGCAGCCAAUCAAGCAUUGUGGAGAAAUUUUGGAAUAACUGCAAACAGAUUUUCGGUCACUCAAAAUAGAUGCUAA